GUCAACCGUCAUCCGUCAGUCGUUGACGGUCGUUCAACAUGGAAGCGAGUAUCGAAUAGCCGUUUAUGAUCGUUCUACUUUGCGUGACCUUGCAGUGCAUAUCGACUUUGUAUUCGCCAAAGUUCGUCCGAGAAUCUCAGCCUGUGCUGACUUGUGCUAUUGUGAAGCGUUGUGAAAGCGUGUCUUUUUUUUUUUUUUUUUUUUUUUUCGUUUCUUUCUGUCUUUUGCCCCUUCUCUCUCCCUCGUUUUUUUUUCGGUCUCGUUGACAAUAGGAUAAGAUCGAAUCAACGUGGUGAACACACCUGCUCAUAUCUCUUCGUGUCGACAAAUAGGACAAUAACAAGAUGCGAUUUGCUAUUAGAAACUCGUAUCGAAUCUGAUCUUGUUGCUUGCUGCACAUGACUUGACGCAAAACACAACGUCUCUUGAUCUUUUGAUUGUGACACUUGAGCUAGCUAGCAUACGGGUGCGACUUGCUACAGGGUGCUAUACGGAAAGCAGAGAGAGAGAGAGAGAGAUCACGUUUUUUAUAAAUGUACCACUCGACGCACCGCCGAUAAUUGUCGCUUCACGUGGCGAGUUAUAUAUAUUAUUCCGUCAUUGUCAUUGUGUUAUUGUCAUUGUCGCUGCUGCCGAUCGCAGCGACGAGUGACGAGUGACGAUGCCCGCGCGACUCAGCAAAUUAUCGAUUGACACGACCUGCAUGGAUUACGCUCACCCAUGGACGGACUCCUGCGUUAGCGCGAGCACUGGUCUCGGUUUGCACUCUAUACAGGAAUCCUUCAAGAUAUACACUACUGUUUACAUAAUUGCAUUUUUAAUGAAAAGAAAGGUACCAUCAAAAAGAGACAUUAAGAAAACUAUAUUAGGUAUUCUUCAAUCUACAGCAUUUCUUUCAUGGAGUGGUUUUUCUUAUUCAUUGUUUAUUUGUUUGUUAAGACGAAUAUUGGGACGUUUCUAUUUGCCGACUGUAUCUUUCCUUCCAUCCUUUUUAUCUAGCUUAUCUGCCAUUGUGAUAGAAAGAUCUUCUAGGCGUACAUUAUUGUGUCUCUAUGUAUCAAAUAUUGUAAGUAGUAAUUUCCCUAAAAUGGGUGUGUGGAGAGGAUAUUUUUCGCCUAUUCCAAAAGGAGAGGUCUAUAUUUUUGCUGUAAGCGUAGCUGUGUUACUAUAUUUUUUCCGUUCAAAAAUGAAUAAGCAGGAUCAAAUACAUAAAAUACUUAGGAUAAUUGUUGGGCGGUAUGAAGAGGCUGAAUGUUUUACAAGAAGAAAUUUAUAUUUUGAAACGUCCUCCAAAAAUACCGAAAUUGGCAGCGCAGAGAACGAUAGAAAUAUACAAAGAAGCUUUCAAAAUUCUAGAUUUAAUGUUCUACAAAAAUCUUUUGAGGCAUACAAAUAUAUCAUUAAUACCUUAAAAGCGCAGAGUAAACAUGCCUCAUGUCCACAUCCUUAUAGCUGCGCGCACUACAUUUUAAUGGAUAGUGCAAGAAUCUUCAGUUACAUUGUUUGCGGCCAAAUAGCGCUUAAAUUAAUCUUUCAAUUUAAAAAAUUACUUCAAAAGCCAAAGUUAUUAAAAAUGAUCAUUUUUCAAAGAGGAAAUCUAAAUCUGGCUGUAUUCCUUGGAGGAUUUGCCGGCCUUUAUAGGCUGAUGUCAUGCUUAUUGAGAAGAAUCUUCCAUAAAGAUUCACGCACUUAUGCUAUUCCGCUGGACUUAAUCAAGGUUCGCAUUACAUUAUUUAUGUAUUACUAUUAUCAUUAUUAUCAUUAUUAUUAUCACUUUACUUUGCUUUAGCUAUUAUGGAAUGAUGCAGCAGAAAAUGAAAAAGUACCAGAAAUAAAAUGGUUCGUGAUCUUUUUAUAUUGCUUUAGCACGGCCACUCUCUUUCAUACAGCUAUAAUAGAACCACAAAAUUUAAGAUCAUCUUAUUGGAGAUUCCUUUAUAAUGUGUCUGGUGGAAGAAUAGCGGCGAUGUCUCGGCUGCCCUUAAAUAUGUUCGGCUUAGAAACCAACAAAAAUUUGCAAGAAGUGCUCAGAAAAACAAAGACAACAGAUCAAAUAAAUUAUUCUUUCUAAAAUGCCGAGCACAAAUGUCAAAAAUAACAAUAUAUGUACAUAUACAUAU